CUUUCUAAAAAAUUCAAGAUGUCGAAUAUCAAGAGGAAGAAGACCAGAAAGCUUCGCGGUCAUGUAAGUCAUGGUCACGGUCGUAUUGGCAAGCACCGUAAGCAUCCUGGUGGUCGCGGUAACGCUGGUGGUAUGCAUCACCAUCGCAUCAACUUCGACAAAUACCAUCCCGGUUAUUUCGGCAAAGUUGGUAUGAGGAACUUCCAUUUGCGUCGUCAACACAAAUUCUGCCCUACCCUCAAUUUGGAUAAAUUGUGGUCUUUGGUCGGUGCCGACAAAGUCGCUGAAUUGGAAAAGGAAAAGUCUACUAAGGCUCCCGUCGUCGAUUUAGUUAAAUUCGGUUACUACAAAUUGUUGGGCCGUGGUCACUUCCCCAACAUGCCCAUCAUUGUUAAAGCCAAAUACUUCUCCAAGAAGGCUGAAAACAAGAUCAAGAAGGCCGGUGGUGCCUGCUUGUUGGUCGCUUAAGUUAAGGAUUCCCUUUAUUAACCUCUGAUACGUUCGCUCUGAAUACAUUCGACCAUCUAAAAUGUAUUUGUUUUUUUAAUAAAAAAACCAUCUUAAGAAAACACAAAAAUAAA